AUGUCGCGCGCUCCGAGCGGGUGCGCCACGCUGCGCGCUCUGGUCCUGGCCAGCCUCUGGUUGGCUGCAGCCCCGCGCCCGCUGGCCUUUUCGGACGCCGGGCCGCACGUGCACUACGGCUGGGGCGAGCCCAUCCGUCUGCGGCACCUGUACACCACCAGCCCUCAUGGUCUCUUCAGCUGCUUCCUGCGUAUCCGCUCCGACGGCAUCGUGGACUGCUCGCGGGGCCAGAGCGCGAAUAGUUUGCUUGAGAUCAAGGCAGUAGCAUUACGGACCGUGGCCAUCAAGGGCGUACAGAGCGGCCGGUACCUCUGCAUGAACGUGGACGGCCAGCUGCAGGGACUGCUCCAGUACUCGGCCGAGGACUGUGCCUUCGAGGAGGCAAUCCGCCCUGAUGGCUACAACGUGUACCUGUCCAAGAAGCACAGCCUGCCCGUGUCCCUGAGCACUGCCCGGCAGCGGCAACUCCACAAGGGCAGGGGCUUCCUGCCCUUGUCCCAUUUCCUGCCCAUGAAGCCCGCUGAGGAGACACGCCUGGACGAUGACUUGGAGUCCAUCUUCUCGUCGCCCCUGGAAACCGACAACAUGGACCCUUUUGGAAUCGCAUCCCAGCUGGGGCUGGUGAAGAGCCCCAGCUUCCAGGAGUGA